ACUAGUCAGGCUCUUUGGAGACGCCUGCGGUUGAUCAAAUUUGUUCUGUUGAUUCCACAAACUUGUGUAAAAGGAAACUGAUAUAAACAGAUACCGGGUUUGUGUUUGAAACCUAAGCAAGUUAGAUUGUCGAUUCGGUUUAUUUAUUUUGUUGUGUUUUUUUGCACAAGCGUCUGUUUUUCUGCGUCACCCAAACGCAGACGUGUAGCUUAGCCCGCUGUCGAGUGGAGAUCCAGAGCUCUGGAAGUGUCUCGGUGUUGUUCAGGAGACUCCUCGCGGUUUUUUUAUCCUUUCCCUCAGUUUAUGCCUUUUUGUUUAGGUCGCAACAAUGAACUCGAAGAACCUGAAGGCUUUCCUCGAGUCCUCUCUUAACGAGAUCUUCAAGGCGACUGUGGAUAACAUCCUGGACUCUGUAGACCAGACUUUGGCCGAGUACCAGGGACAAAUCCGGCGGAUUACAUCCGAAAACGAGACGCUGCGGGAAAAACUGCGCGUUCAGGAGGCCAGCGUGUGUCCGGUCCCAGUAGUGGAUUACAAUCUUGGUGUUGAUGGGGACUUAGGAACAAUUCUCCAUCCUCAUCCAACUUUACCUCGACAUAAGGGUUCAGGGAAAGCCUCUCAAAAACAGAGGGACGAUUGCGGAAAGAAAGCAGGAAGCUCUAAGCCUGCGUUACAUAACCCGAGUCCUCUUUCAACCAACAGCGGAACACAUCAGUCAGAUAAAGAAGUGCAGAGUACCACAGUACCUUACGUUAAGGCCGACCCAGACUUUGAAGAUGACAACAAUGCAUUACAUCGCCAAUCCCCCGUUAACCUGACAACGAAACUCAUUAAAGUAGAAGGGUCUGAGGAGAGCUUUUCGGAAUGUUACACUGGAUCUCCAGCAGCCCCGUCCAGGACAAGUGAUGAUAAUAUUCAUGUAACCAUGGUGUCCAAUAAGCACAUGAGCAGUACUGUGAGUGAAGAUGAAGCCAGCAAUAUGGGGCAACACGAAUCAGAGAAGUCUGCACACAGCGUCUCGGAGGAAGACGUUGAAGAGCCGACUGAGGACGCCGCUCUCGGUGUCUGUUUUGAAAGUGAUGUCGGAUCGGUUUUAGAACCAGACAAGGAAUUUAUAGAAAACUUUCACUCGAAGGACUCUGCAAACUCGAAAGUUUCGAAAGACAAAACCUUCCACUGCGCGCUUUGCGAGAAAAGCUUUGGCCGAAUGGCGUCGCUUAACAUACACAUGAGAACUCAUAGCUCGGAAAGAGCUCACAUCUGCAGCUACUGUGGGAAGGGUUUCAGCCGAGCCGACCUCCUGAAAAACCAUCAGCGCACCCACACAGGCGAGAGACCAUAUUCCUGUAACCUGUGCGGAAAGAGUUACGGUCAUCAGGGCCAGCUCAGGAUCCACAAACGAACCCACACCGGCGAAAAACCGUACGCCUGCCCGCAUUGCGCCAAGCGCUUUACUGAACACAACCAGCUCAAGGUGCACCUUCGGACGCACACGGGCGAACGUCCGUACUCGUGCAGCGUCUGCGCCAAGACCUUUGCCAGCGCCGGCAACCUGAGGAUCCAUCUCCGGAUUCAUAGCGGAGAAAAACCCCAUUGUUGCAGCCAGUGCGGAAAAAGGUUCAACAGCCAAGGCGACCUCAAAACGCACCUGCGCGUGCACACGGGCGAGCGGCCGUACCACUGCGACCUCUGCGAAAAGACCUUCAGCCAGGCAGGCCACCUGAGCAUCCACAUGCGCAUGCACACGGGCGAAAGGCCGUACGAAUGCGGAAUAUGCGGACGCACCUUCACCGUGGCCAGCAGCCUCAAGCUGCAUCAGCUCACCCACACUGGAGAGAAGCUUCACACCUGCCUACGCUGCGACAAGAGCUUCAGUAGGGCCAGCCAUCUGAAAAGACACGAGCAACUCCACGCCAAAGAGGAAACCAUACUGAAAGGUGUCGAUGAGGCGUCGCCAAUGGAAGACCAAAAUGUUGAUGACGAUGAAGUGCAAAAUUUGGAAGAAAUGGAGUGAAUGAAGGCUUUUCUUACACUGGCCAGUUUAUUAGGUAUGCCUUCCGUUCAGGCCACCUUGUAUUAUCAGUUUAUCAAAAGCUCCCACUACCCCCAUCCACUAACAGAACAGGGGUAUUGUUGAGCAGAUGUUAUUUAGAUGGUGGGCUUUUCUCGAUACAGUAGUGAAAUGGACAUUUGUUGAGGUAUCAAGUACAUUAAAGUGCUAUCCACCAUCUUCUACAUACACGAGCGUGCAGAUGCACACGAUUCGCUAACGUUCAUAGUACGUCAUCCUUUUUACCUAUAGAGUCGGCCAGUUUUACUUGUCGAGUCUCAGCCAUCGAUGGCCAUGGGGUCAACGGCAUUCAAACUCUCAGUUCCUUGACAAUGAUGAGAUUUAAAAGACUUGUACACUCACCGGUCAUUUCAUUAACAGUUAGAGACCAAAGCUCGUCUCUUUUCUGAGCGCAAACCUGCUGUCUGCCUUUUUGGUUUAGAAAGUAUCCACCAACUUAUGAGUUAGCAGGUAAUGCUAUUCUAACUGAUACUUUAAUGUCACUGGGGUCACUGUGCUGAAAUGAUCCACCAUCCAAAAUAGUCCACUGUUGGUCCUGUUCAGUGAUUAGAGGGCUUUUAUUUUUAUGCAGUCAGUAUUGUGUCUACAAAGUGAACUAAUCAGUAGAUCUACAUGUGAAGUCGAUGAAUGCACAUAGCCGUACCCAAUGAAGUGGCACCAGGUGCGAUUCGGGUGCAUUUCGUUUUGCUUUUCAACCCUUUAUUGCACAGUCAUAGACAAAAAUAGCCGAAUGUUUGUCAAACAUGACGUUUGUGAUUUAUUUACACAAGUUAUUCUGCUGGACCUGUGAAAGAAGUUUCGGAUUUAAUUUUGGUAAGUUUUAUUAUGGCAAUUUAGUAGGUUAAAAAAAAAAAAAUGUUGACGUGAUACUUGCACCUUAUGCUCAUCUUAGACUUCGAGGUUCCUCCUGGUGUUAUUCGGUUUUCUCUCCCCACCCAAAAGCAUUCCAGAAGGUGAAUUGGCAAUUCUCUUUCGUCCCUUGGUGUGAUUAUGCGAACAUGGGUUCUGAGAUAAUCUGGUUCCCUCUUCAUGAUACGUGAUCCCAGUGUAGGUCCAAAGUCCAUUACGGACUGGAUCGAGAUAAAGCGGUUACUACAGAUGAAUAAAUGAAUGAACAGCUGAAUAGUUAUCGAUACCUCAACUAAUCAAUAUUUAGACUUCCGUUAACCAAAGAUGGGUUAAAUUAAGGUUUCACUCGCUGUUUUAACUGUUAACACUUUAUAAAAUGACACUUUGAUAGUUAUUAUUGGCUCAUAAUUGAGUAUAACUUAAAUGCAAGUAAAUUUCACCAUUUGAAUGAAAAUCUGUUUUGUGGAAUCAAUUGCAAAAAAAAUUCAUGAACCGGAAACAAUAUUCAAAUACAUCCACAGUUACAUUUGGUGGCCUUGGGAAAACCCUUCAUAUGGCAAAAAAUUGAUAUUUUAUUUAUAGUUCUUAAAACUAUAGGCUUUUCUGGACUGGAUGUGUGGCACUUUGCCAGAAAUGAUCAUAGCAGCCCCCAAUCGGUGUUUUCCCAAACCGUCAUGUGUUUUGGCCAAAUAGAACAAUACGUUCAGUGAAUCCAAUGAAAAUGUUUUCAUGUAAAUGUUCUUUAAUAAUACAGUAUCUAAUGUGACAUUAUUCCUUUGUUUUGUUUUUAAAUACAUUUUCCUGAUUUUUCAAGGUAGAUUUUAUAGGAGUUUAAAAUUUACCCAAGAUUCCCUGCUCCAUGUUCUCAGUCAACACUUAAAUCUCACUGAAAACUGAAUUCAAUGUUUUAAAAGGAGGUGUUUUUAUUUUAUUAUUGUUAAUUUUUUAAUUACUUUCAAAGGAAUCAAAUAACCAGUGUUCUACUGCCGUUAACUGUUAUUAAUUAAAAUAAAAGGACUAUUUAAAUUCUCAAAUCUUGACUAACUGUAUUGUACUGAUCAAAGAUGCUGAAUUUGUUUGUUUUUGUUCUUGUAUCUUAAUUACGGUGUGAUUUUUAUAUUAGCCAACUUUUUUUUUUUUUUUUAUAAUUUAUUUUGGCCGUUUGUGUGCGUCAGAUAUAGUGAUUUCUGUUUCGGCCAUUUCUCCACACCAGUAAAAAGAGUGCAACAUUUUUUAACAUUGCAUAUACUUCCAUUGGAAUUGUUUUAUUAGAAUUAUUUUUAAUUCGGUCAAAUCUUUUAUCCAUUUAAUAUCAAAAAUUGAGUAUUACCGUUACUUUUUGCGCUUUUUCAAUAUCUGUUUCAGCAAAAAGGAACCACGUCGAACUUGACCACAGUCUUGAACUAAACUGAUUUUCGAAAAUCCAUACUUGUGAAAAUGAUGGUAGUUUAUUAACGAUAUUGACGAGCUUAGCUUUGUGACCAAACGCAUUGCAGAAUCCAUUUAAAGUGUGCACAUCGUCGUUGUUUUAGUUUUUCCCUUUUUAUUCUUCUUUUUUUUUAAACCAAAUUCCCCUUGAUAAAAUAAGUUUAGAUAAAAAUGUUAAAGUAUGUACACAGUAUAAUAAAAUUGUUUACUUUGUGGAAAUGUAGUGGAAAUGAAGCCAUUUUUGAAAUCGUCAUUCCAUCCUAAUAAAUGAAAUGAAAAAUCCCA